UCAUUGGUCGGAGCUGCAGCAAGCGCAGCCCAGAGGGUGGGGUGGCUGGCGGUGCUGGCAGUGACGCAGCCGGCCGCCCAUGGAGUGCAAUCGGCUGUACCGCCGGAUGCAGCCGGUGCCACCUUCCUAGACAAAAGGGAAGCUGACCAAACAACAACAUAUAUAUAUAUAAAAAAAACAGAUUCGAGUUUGGGCGGAGGAGACGGGAAAGCAAAGAGAAGAAGGAAGGAAGGGGGGAGGUGGGGAAACAACGCUUUCUGGGACAGCUGUGUCGACAGGUUUUGCAACUGAACCUAACCAAACAGACAAAGCAGUGGUGGAACAGUUCCUUUGAAUAAUUAAACAGUGCAUCAAAGGCUGUGUGAAAUGGAUCAGCGUAUGGGCCUCGUGUUGUGCACCUCUGCCAUAUAUUGGAAGGAAGUUAUUCAGUAGUGGAAUAAGAGAUUCAGCUUAGAAUGACAACAGCAAGAUAUAGGCCUACUUGGGACCUGGCACUGGAUCCCCUUGUGUCUUGUAAACUGUGCCUUGGGGAAUACCCUUUGGAGCAAAUGACAACACUGUCACAGUGCCAAUGCAUAUUCUGUACUCUGUGUCUGAAACAAUACGUGGAGCUUCUAAUUAAAGAGGGCCUGGAAUCUUCAAUUAGUUGUCCUGAUGCCGCGUGUCCAAAGAGAGGUCAUCUACAGGAAAAUGAGAUCGAAUGUGUUGUUGCAGCAGAGCUUAUGCAGAGAUAUAAAAGAUUACAGUUUGAAAAAGAAGUGCUUUUGGAUCCAUGCCGAACCUGGUGCCCAUCCUCCGCUUGUCAGUCCGUCUGCCAAAUGAAGGAGGUGGAGUUACAGAAGCCCCAGCUGGUACAGUGUGCAGCUUGUAACUUGGAGUUUUGCUCUCUUUGCAAAGCAAACUGGCAUCCAGGACAGGCUUGCCAAGAAAACCUGCCCAUUACCUCAUUCCUUCCUGGUGAGACAAGCUCAUUCUUUGAAAAUGAUGAAGAGGAUGACGUUCCAAUCAAACGCUGCCCAAAGUGCAAAGUCUAUAUCGAAAGAGAUGAAGGAUGUGCACAAAUGAUGUGUAAAAAUUGCAAGCAUGCCUUUUGUUGGUACUGCCUGGAAUCACUUGAUGACGAUUUUCUAUUAAUUCACUAUGAUAAAGGACCUUGCCGAAACAAACUUGGUCAUACUCGGGCCUCUGUCAUUUGGCACAGAACCCAGGUAGUUGGAAUAUUUGCUGGCUUUGGCCUUUUGCUGUUAGUAGCAUCACCUUUCCUCCUGCUUGCCACACCAUUUGUCCUCUGCUGCAAGUGCAAAUGUAACAAAGGAGAUGAUGAUCCUUUACCCACAUAGGCCUGAUGCUUGGAAACAGAACCGCGAUAUCUAAUGAACAUUCUUUCCUACGUAACCUAUCAUUUUAAACUGUCUUAUUUUAACCCCCCGUAAAUCCCUGUGCCAAAAUUUGCUUUCCUGAUUUGCAUAGCUACAUCACACUCCAGAGCCUGAGAGUACAGCAAAUUUAAAAAAAAAGUUGAGAAGAGGAGAAAUCUGAAUGCCCAGGAGACAGUUUAUUCAGAGAAAAUGAACAGGAAUAAGGUACUCUGCACAAAAGCUCUGGAGCACAGGUGGUAAGCUGAGAAAAGUACUACUUUAAAUGGUUCCAAAAUUAGCAAUAUCCUUGACAAUGUUCAGCUGUGCACUUAAAUACACAAUAUAUUAUAAGUGGAAUAAGGUUAUAUGAAGAAGGAAAAGAUGCGAUGUUGUAAUAAACUGAAAAUGCACAGCAGAUAAUUCAGAUUUUUUAAAGAGAAAAGGCACACUAACGUUUUAGGCCCUCUGUCAAAUUGGAAGGUUGUAAUAAAUCAUCUUAUGAUAGACCAUUUAUUUAUAAAAAAAAAGGAGGUUUUAAUGCAAAAAUAACACAUACUUGACUCUAAAGGACCAAUAGUCAAGUUUACCAUAUGAAAGCUUUCAUAAGACUUUUUUGUUGAUUUUAUGUGGGGCAUUUAAAGGUUUCAUAAUUGCUCGGUGAUGUGAUUUACAGAUGCCUUUUAUCUGUAUCUAGAGUAUAGUAUCUCCAUGUUUUUGUGUGUUUAUUGUUGUUUCUAAAUGUAUAAAGGUGCAAUGUCUUUUAAUAGAUAUCUGCAAAACUAAGCUGAAUUUUCCCAGCCCUGUGUUAUGGGAAAAUAGGGAAAGACCAUGUUGGUUUCCCACCUCCAGGGAUAUUUCCCAGGAGUGAGUUGGAAAUGAUGCCAACAGCCCGUUGCUUGGAAGCAACUAGCCAAUUAAGGCUCACUUAGGGGCCAUUUUCCAAAGGUGCUGAUGGGGUGACCCAUUCCUGAGUUUGGAGCCUCGCAGUUCCUUGGAGGCAGCAAGCUAGGGCACCAGCAGAGCCAGGAGCUCCAUGCCCUGAUGAACAAGCCACCAGGAUGAAAGGGUGCAGAUGCGACCAAAACCAAUCCUGUAGAGGGGUUUCCCCUCCACUUUGAUAGCCCUAUAAACUGUGUCCACCUUUUCAUUCUCAAAUUUGUUGAAGUGCUCUCGCAAUUGCCUUUCUGCCUCGGCAGUGCCCACGUCUCCCAUUGGGGUUGCCAACCAUUCUGUGCUGCUGGGCCUCUGAUUGGCCCUUCCUCCUCGGGAACCCGGCUGCUGGCCUUAAUAGGACGGCAAAUGCAGAGAUGGCCACUUAGGAGGCCACCUCCCAGAAGGUUGCACUGGUAGGAGCCUUGAUGCCGUGCGCAGGUUUAGAGUUCCAAUACAGUCCCAAAGCCUGCCAGGAAUGUCAGUCCAAUAUUUCUGUUAUUUGGCUGCAGACUUGGAGGCUAAUUCCUGGCGAUAGGACUGUGAACGUGUAAAACCUGUGCAAAUCUUGCCACAUGCUCAAUGUCAGAAUUGUUGUUUACUGAAAUUGGUUCCAGUAAUCAGUUUUUAAAGACUAUUGUGGUUUGGGAUUGUUGUCUAUGAAGAUAAGCACAACAGACCUGAUUUUUCACUCUUGUGUUAGUUUUUAUGACUUGAUCAAAAUUUUGUUAAAGGAUCCCUUGGAAAAAAAAAGAACUGCAGUUACCCUUUUAAAGUGAAAGCAAGUUGGGAUAUUGCUCAUUGUGGCAACUUCCCUCAGUCGAGUCUUUUUCAUGUUCUGUUCCUACAUUAAUUGGAAAGACAUGGCGGGUCGCAAUGGAUCAGAUUUUGAAAACUCAUCAAUUCUGGUUUGCUGUGAUCAGACUUAAUUAAUCUUUUAUUUGUAACGAUGAUUAGGUUCUGUCUUGUAGCUUUUAUAUUAGGGUCCAUUAACUGUUCCAGUACUUGUUAAUGCUAUUUUCCCCCAUUUAUACUGCACAUGCCCUCUUGCUUAGAAGCCACUAUUCCAUUCACAACUUGAUCAUUUUUACCUGUACCUUCUCCCAGGUUAAAUUUCAUUCAAACCAGAAAUGGCCAAAACAGAAUGCAGGCUUCUGGCUUAAAGGAGCAAGCUGAGAGGUAUGUCUGCCCACAACCAGACUAAAAUAUCUGACCGUGCAAGUGACUCUCACUGGAACUGGGCUUUUACCAUUGGAGGAACCUAAUGAACCCUCCUCUUGAGCAGGAUAUUGGCACUGCUACAAUGAUGAUGUUUCUAUGACCAUGUUGUCUCAGGUGAUGCUCUUUCUGUUGGGGAUGUACUCCAGCAUAAGGAAAGCAUCUGUGGCUUUGAUUACUUAUUUGCUCCAUAUUUACUCUCACUUUCUCUCAUUUCCUCAAUAGUUUAAUCCGAUGAUUCUCAACCUGGAUCUCUCCUGACCCUGUCUUUGUAAUUGCCUCUUGGCCUUGGGCUUGAGAGGGGGAGUGACCAUUAAUUAAAAACACAAACUAAAGGGAAGGGGAGUGAACAAGACAAGAUGCCCAAUGGUUCAAAGUUAGUUGUAGAUGAACCAAUCUUCUGAUACAAAAGUACGGAUAAUGAGAAAUGGAGAAAGCAGGGUCACAAAAAAAAUCACAUUGAAGAGCAAAAUCAAGUCAUGUCAUUGAGCUUGGUGUUAUUGUCAGUCUGGAUGUUUUGCUAUCAACUUCUCUCAGUACUUGCAUUACAUUUUAGCAUCUAUGUGUGCCCUAUCUGUACCUUAAUUACAAUACAUUUUAUUCUAAUGGCCCAAAGUAAUUUAUGUAGUGUUAUCAGCCACAGUAACCAACAAGAAAAAAGUUGAAGUCCUUUGUUUUUAUUAAGUAAAUGGCCAAAGUGCAAUGGGCUCCUGGAACAUGUCACUUCUGUGCCUUUUUCUCAUUUAAGUUAGAUGCGAUGAUUUUAUCUGCUAUAUAGGAGGAUGGGAAGGUGAACACAGGCGGUUCAUUUCUGUGGAAAUGCAAAUUAAGCAGAGCGCACAAGCAGCACAAAGAAUGAAGGAGGUGAGGCAGAGUAGCAAAGUAGAGUUGAAACAUGAAACAGAAUAGAUAUUGGAAAUUCUUCAAUUACUUCUGGUUUUGAUGGAUUAUGGGAGGUGGAUCUCUAUAACUGUGUUGUCCUUGCACCUCCAUUAUUUUUAAAGCAGUCCAAUAUCAUUAAUGAGAUGUUGCAGGCUUUUAAAAGCCUGUUUUCACCUCUUGUCAAAACAAUAAUGGUAUGUAAAAAUGAUUUCUUACUCAAAUAGCUAUUGACAAUUAGCAGUAGCAUUGUAAAAAAACAUUACUGUUAGAUAUUUUUACCCUCCUUACUCAAAUUUUUUUGGUGGUGGGGUUCAAAGUCAUUGAUUUCCCCCACAAGUGAGUCUUUAAUCUGUAUGUCACAAAGAUUGCCUUUACUUUCACAGUCAGAUCAAUUUAUUGCAUUAUCAGGGAUUGGAUGGAUUUUCACUUUGUUUCAGCUUACUGGUUCUAUUCCAUGGUGCAGUGAUGCUACACUAGACCACAGCUUAGCCUUUAGGUGCUAAAUAGUAAAAGACCGUCAACAAUUACAGUGACACAACAUAGAUUUGUCAGUGGUCAUUAAACUUAAUUGUCUUGCUGUCUAAGCAGAAUAUGGUCAUCACUGUUGUGCUAAAUUAUGUAUUUUUACGUGGCAUUCAUUUUCUGUAUUCGCCAUCCACAGAAACUACCUAAUCUGACUGCUCUCUUAAAGGCUCUACACAAAUUUCCUGACCUGAACCAGUCAAGCCAAGAAAUACAGAUUUAACUCAGUGUCCAUUAAAUCUGAAUAGGAAGCUGCUAAAUGAUCAUAAUUCAAACCAAUUCCACAAGAUGUUGUAUUUAAAUUGAGUGGCUUGAUUCCCUUCCAUGGAUACCUUACUGCUAUUGUAAUAAAACUAAAUCAAGACACGUGAAUCGUGUUUUAUCUCUCCCUCUACUAAGAUAGAAUCACAGAAACCAAUAUUAUGCUAACUCUUAGACAAAGCACUUUACUUUUGCUAUAAUUGCAUUGGCCAGAAGGUACUUAUGGUACUACCACCUCCAUUGUUUUCAGGGAAUAAAUGAUUCUUUAUGUAGUGUCUUUGUGCAAGAAUCAAGGUUAACACUAUACAAUGUAAUACAAUAUUGCUGCAAAAUGAUGCAGCACUUAAUUGGAGAAGCCAAAAAGUAAUUUAUUCAAGGAGCAGAUUAUUAUGGAGUUGAAGAUUGCAAACUUUGGAGAAAUUCAACUUGUGCCAGUUUUCAAUGUGAAAUGGAUGGCGAGCACAUUUAUAGAAACUGGAAUGCUAUGGAAACCAAUUGGUCAUCCCAGUGCAGUGACUGGUCAAGGCCUUGGGUAUUUCAAUCAUUGCUGAGCCAGUUAGCUGGUAGGUACUGGGGAGAUAGCUUAGUGAAGAUGGGUGGAUCCCAAGCUGUCAGCAAUCCUUGGUAUUUUUGUGGAAUCAGGGGUUGCACUGCAGCCUUUUAAGUGCGGCUAGUUAGUCCAUUGAAGACCCGGACCAGCUGGACAGAUGACAAGCGGCAUAAAUCCCACGCAUCUGGUAACAUUUGUGGCAGGGUCCUACCUCUGACAUUGGGAACCAUUUGCAUAUGAAAGGUAACUAGCGCCUGUUUCAGGUGAUCGCCCUGCACAAAUAGAAAUUAUUGAUCUCCAAUUUGACAGCUGGCACGCUUCCAAGGAAGAGAAUCGCACACACAAGAUCAUGACUCAAAAUUCAUCCUUCCAAUCUCGAUUUUAUGCCCAAAAAAAGCACAAUGUUUGUUCAAUUUCACCCUUUAACCACCGUACCACUGCCUCUUUCCCCCCACCCCAAAACGACCUCCCAAUCCCCAUGGACUACAUAGCUGCAUGCCCUAGAGCUUUGGUGCCAAGUAAAAGUUACAUUCACAUUCCCAUUAAAUUUUAUCUAUCUCAAGUUGAUACUUAACAGAUCUUAGUCAGUUUAUUUGCCAGUCAGGGGAAAAAAAAAUGCUAAGAACACCCUUUUCUAAACCUCAGGGUCACAAAAUUCAGCAAAACAAACAGCUGAAGAGGAAAGGUAAGCACCAGUGGCCGUCUGGGUUUUGACAGCAGGAUUGUUGGGAUUUGUUUGUUUCUUUCAAUUGGAAAAAAUACGGUUUUUCAAGAGAAAAAAAACAAAACGUAAUCUGAAAGCCCAAAUAUAUGGUAAAAGAAAUGUCUUCAGAAUGUUUGGUACACCUGGGAAUCACAAUGAAAUGUUUAAAUUACCGCUGGUGUCAAAAUAAUGUCAACCUGAAAAUCCAGUGCUGCAGGGGUGGACAUGGAGGAAAGGGGGGUUUAAGAAAUGUUCCAGGUCCCAUCCUGUUAUUCAGUCUUGGACAUCAAAGUGUGAUGGUUUUCAUUCACCUUGAUUCAGCAUUAGUGAAAACAACACCUUUAUCUGUUGCCUGAAUGGAAGAAAAUAUUACUAUAGAGAUAAUAUUAAGUCACCACAUAUCAGGAUAGAUGGAGUGAAUCAUUUGGUAUGUUUUCCUGACUUUAUAAUUAUUAAAACUUUGAUAAUUCGAGAAAUAUCUCGCCCAAAGCGGGAACCUAUAGAUGAUCUCAAAAAGCUUUGUAGAUUGACUCCUGGAAGGUCCUAUUUUGAAAGAGACAUGGUCUAGGAAAUCACAUGCCUCUUUUUGACUUUACCUAGAAUUUGCACCCCAGAAGCAGGCCAUUCAGCCCAACUGAUCCACUUCAUCUAAUCCUAUCAGCAACAUCUCCUAUUCCUUUCUUCUUCAAGCACUUAUCCAUGCUAUUUACUCCAAAAAUAAGAUCCUGGUAUCAGUGGGGUUUUUUUUGUCCUUAUACAUAUGAAGCAUAUUUUCUGUACACAUAUAUUUAAUAAACAAUAUUGAUUUGGCAUGGAAAAUAUUUUUUGUUUGCAAUCUGAUAUAAAUAUUGUUUUACUUAAAUAUCUCGAGUAACUACAAAUAUUGUCUGUGACAAACCACAUCAUUUAGCCUGAAUACUUUUUUUAAACAUAAUAUCUUGCAUUGUGUUGAGAUGCCCAUUGUCCAUUUCCCUGUCUUUCAGUUCUUUAUAAUCAUUAAAGCAGAAUAGUAAUGCUUGUCUUGAGAACGUUUAAUGGUUUCUUUGUAGCCUGUGUUUUUAUGCAGAAAUGUUGCAAACAAUGUGUUUUUUGUGUAUGUCUUAAUGUCUUUUUAUAUUAACUAUAAGGAAUGUAUAAAUAAUGUCAGCUUUAUUUUUUCUCCUUUCUGAAAUGUUACCACAUGACUUAAACCCAGUCUCUAUUUCCGGUUUUGUAAUCUAUGUAUGUAAUCUAAAGGGGUCAGUUUUUAAUGCCUUAAAAUGCUUCUGUGAACCCAGUUAAUGUUGAAAGAAGAUAGCCUGUAGAUAAAUCCUAGAAUGCUAAUGCAGAAUAUUUGAAUAAUCUCAUAUGAAUGUUUGAAGACCUUGUUAUCUUCACUCUUGUGUAUUGCUAAGUAUCUUGUGUGUAAAUAACUAAAUGUACUCCUGCAUUUAAAAGAAUAUAUAUAAUUGGUAUCUCAUUUUUUAAAUAAAAGAAUGCAAGUACCCAU